GGCGGGGCCUGAAGUUAAAUAGAGUGGCUGCUGCGGGCCAGUAGCUGGUGUUCGCAGCUCUUUGCUUUCCCGCGGCUGUGCUCUUUCAGAACUGAGUCGGUGCUGAUUCAUAGAGCUUGAAGGAGACAUUAGCUUUUGUUUCAACAAAACUUGAAACUUGGAAACAAAAUGGAAGAAAACAAAGAGUCCAACAGUAUGGAUAAUUGUGAAUUUCCGAGCAAGAAAGUGAUUGAGUUCAAACCACCAGUGUACGAACAGAGAUACUACUUUGUUAAAAACUUAGUGAAUCAACAUGGGCUCAAGAAGAUUGCAGACUUGGGCUACGGAGAUGCCACACUCCUAUGGAUGCUGAAAUAUCACCGCUGCGUUGAAUGUCUUGUUGGAGUAGAUAUUGCCGCCCAACCCUUUGAAUGGGGAGGGGGUAGGUUGUCUCCAGGAGUGGGGGGUUUCAUAAUUCCUCGGGAACUAGAUUUGACCAUAACCUUGUACCGUGGUUCUGCGGUACAAAAAGACUCCCGCUUGCGUGGAUUUGACUUGAUAACGUGUAUUGAAUUGAUAGAACACUUAGAUUCUGAAGAUCUGGCCAAGUUUCCUGAAGUUGUAUUUGGGUACUUUUCUCCGGGUAUGGUUGUCAUCAGCACACCAAACUCUGAAUUCAAUCCCCUGUUUCCAGCAUCAACCUUUAGAAACCCAGAUCACAGAUUUGAGUGGGACAGAAAGCAAUUUCAGACAUGGGCUUUGGAUGUGGGAAAACUCUACAGUUACUCCGUCGAGUUUACUGGUGUGGGGGAUCCACCAGCAGGAGCUGAGCACGUUGGAUACUGUACCCAGAUAGGGGUCUUCCAGAAAAACAUAGCAAAGGCAACUGGAUCGAGCAUUUCAGAGCCAGAGGAACACGUUUAUGAAGUUGUUUAUAGAACCUCAUACCCGAGUUUACAGCAGAGAAAAUACUUCCGGUUUACUCUGAGCAUUGAGGUGGUGAAAGCAGUCGACUUAAUGAAAAGCAGGUUUCUCCGGGGUCUGAGGAAAAAGGAGGGCGAUCGAGUGGUGCCACUUGGCCGUUGCACCCCACAGCACGGGUUAACAGAAGCUCAAAGAGCCGAGAUAGAGCAGUCCCCCAAACCUUACAGUGUGGGGGAGAAUUUCUAUGUACCCCUGGAAAGACUCAUUAUCUAUCCGAAGGUGAACCACUUGGUGGCAGGUAAUAUGGAGAAGCUGAGAACAGUCCUUGCCGAGGGACUUCGACUGAACCAAGACCAGACUGCCGUGCAGGUGGAGUUGGUGGAUUACAACACACAGCACCUCUUUGAUGAGCAUUUAGUCAGCCCUGUGUUGGAGUCGUAAGUUAGGCGACUUUGUUUUGAGUUUUCCUAGGCUCUCCGCGGGGUGGUGGCGGGUUCCCAAUGUGCUUGUUCAUGUUCCUGUUAGACCCACGUUGAAUUAUCAAAUAAAACCUUUUCC